AUGCAAUACUCACUAAUGGCUGACAUUCCAUCCUUUCAAACAACUACUUUCAUUAAGUCGGACCCAAGGAACUUCAGGUUUGUUGGUUCAAUUCCUGAUGUUAUGUUUGAAAAGAUACCGCUAGAAAACUCCAUUAUUAGGGAAUAUCAUAAUUUUCCCUGUUCUGGAGUUCAUCCCAUACCAGCGGAAUUACAGAAGAUCAACAAUGAGGGAAAUAAACCAAACAGGGGUGGGAAAAGGAAGGCAAAGGAGACUACUUCCAAAAUUGUCAAAACUCUGAAAAAGCCAAGGAAACAAGUUGAGAAACCGAGAUCUUUGUCUUCGGAAAUUAGAGAGGAGUAA